GUUUCAUUUAAAGUGAGUGAGUUAGUAAUGUGUAUCAGUCUAAUGGUGAUGUAGUGAAUUACUGUAGGAUAUGAAAACGAAGCCAUUGUUCUUGUUGUCAAGGAAGGAAGGAAGGUUGGGUGGGUUGCCAUGUCCGCUGAAAAAGCACUCUUAAGCAAUUUUGGAAUGAUUUCAAGUUGAAGGGAAAAGUCUGAGCUCUUAUAUUCCCCUUGAUCAACACACUGUGGUUGAUGAUAUCGGAUCAUUUCCUGAAUCCAGUCAGUCAGCAGUAGAAGCAGGGACUGUUUCACUCCUCUGCUGGGUUUGAGAGGAAAUACUGUAAACAAUGAGAAGUCUCUUACAGUUAACAUCAACUUUGGACUUUCAGAGAGAUGUUGUUUCGAGACUUUCAGCAAACGAAGAGGCAGGAAGAAGCCAGAGAGAGAAUGUGCAGGUUGCUGAUGCUCAAAUUCUUAACAUUGAGAGAGAUGAAGGUGUUGUGUACUGCUGGACAGGAGACACCAGGAACACCAGAAUCGGCAAAUAUGACCCUCAUACCAAACAGAAUAAGCUACUGUACACUUUUGACAAGCAAGUGUAUAUAAGCAGCUGCUCUCUGAACAGAGAAGAAACACUGCUGGCUGUGAGUCUGACAUGGUCAAUGCAGGGAGGAGAGGAUCAUUUUAAACCAGUUUCAAAAUACCUGACUCUCCUUUUAGAAAUCCAUCCAAUUAACAACACUAAGGUUAUAAAAGCUGUGGAUUGCAAGGUCAAAGUUCAGUUUCUGUAUCCUCAUUUGUCACGGAGCACCAUGCUGGAAAACCAUUUGUUGGUGGCAGCAGAAGAUGGCUAUAUUGACCAGUACCACAUCCUGCUGGGGAGGCAGGAAGGCUGUAAAGUUGUGAUGCAGAAUACAGAGCAGCUGACGAAAGACCGAGUGACCGAUGAGUUCUGCUGGGUUCAGUGGGACUCGGACACCCAGAGACUCUUCUAUCUCACAAGCAGGGAGAAAUAUGUGCUCAAGUGCGUACAGUUUUUCCCUGAUCACAAUUUUGAGACUCUGUUUGAACUCCCGUUGGAUUUACCCAGUAAUCCGUUCACCUCUGUGAGGUUAAUUAAUUUUGGACAUGUUCACUACCAAGAGAGGGAAAACGAGGGAAUGAAACUGAUAGUAUUUACAGACAGAACUGGUGUCAUGUGUGUGUGCUAUAGCUAUCCUGUGCAUGGUGUUGAGGAUUACACUUACACUAUUGCAUUUGUGCACAGAGGUUUCAGUAAGACUUUCACUGUAGCACGUGAGCAAACCGUACAGCCAGGCAGCAUGCCAAACCAACAGCCACUCUUCAUCUAUUUGGGUCAUUAUGUUGUAGUUUAUCUUGCUGGACACUUCCUUCAUCUGAUCAACUGCAGACAGCAAGACCUGCUCUGUCAUAGCCUCUUCCUGUCAGGUGCUGAUGCCCAUAUGGAUGCACUGGGAGUCAACAGUGUUUUAAUGAACAUUUCCAGUGACAAGCUGCUGGAUGGGGGGAUGGGCAGGAUGUACACCAUGGACCUCAACUAUGAUUUCCUGCUUCGGCUGCUUAGCCCUGAUCGGCCCGAAGCACAACGUCUUGCUGCACUGCACUGUUUGCUGGUCCACCCUGAAUCUAACCAGGACCUAGAAAAGGAGAUCAUCUACUGGAUUAGUGAGAACAUGAUGAGCUUUAGUGCUUUCGAUCAGAUUCAGGAGUUUAUUCUGGGUUCUCUAUACAGGAUGUGCUGUCAGCAGCCUCUCAGUCUGAAUAAAGUGCUUCCAUACUCCUCCGUGUUUGAGAAGAAGGAGCUUCCUGUAGCGCUGACUGCUAUCCCUGGUGUGAAGUGCACACCUGAGCUGCUUGCUCAGCCAACAAUUAAAGGGAAGGCCAGGAGUCUGCAGGGCUACUGGAAUGAGCUACAGUGGAUUAUCGAAAGGACGAAAUAUUUUGAGACCGUGCCUAACCCCCGAUACCGGUUCUCCCAGAUCAAGAGAGACAGGAUCAAACUACAAGCAGCACUGAAUUCGGAGAAAAAGAAAUCCUCUAACUACCUGCAACAGCUUGAGGAAAACACCAAAAAAGUUCUGUCUAUGGUUGAUACAUGGCAUUUGGAUAAGAGAGCGGUUCCUCUCUUUCAGGAGGUGGACCAGCCGCAGAGGGCGCUAGUAGGCCUGAUGGUGGAUAAACUACGGGAGCACCUGAACAAAUACCUACCACAGCUGGGGAAGAAAAAGAUUGACAUGCUGGUGGUGAACUACGUGGCAAAUCUGCUGGAGCUGCUCAGAUACAUGCUGGAGACUCUGUGGUUGAAGCUGAACUUGGGUCACACUGUGCUUUCCCUUAAACAGCAAGGCAGCUCGGAGGAGUGGACGAUGUUUCAUACGAUGUGUCGGAUUCUGGAAGCAGUCGAAGGACUCGGUCUUCCUCUCCCACCUGGUUAUUCUACACUUUUGAGUGUACUAGCUGUACGUUGUCUACCUCACUACACGUUCUUGCUGUAUGUGGACAAUGGCUUUCUCCACCUCACUGAACCUUUUGUGUCGCGCCUUAUGACAGAUCUAGACAACAAUAAUGGCAAUGAAGAACUGAAGUUCAGUGUCCUGAAAAGACUUCCUGAGUGCCUGGCCCAGAGAGUGUGUCAGCUUUGGGAUCAUCCAGUUAGCUCAGCCUGCAUCACCAGACAGUGUGUGAAAAGACUGUUGGAGAAAUACACCAAGACCAAGGCAUCAGUGCAGUUGGACAGAGACAGAUUGUUCUUCUGUCCUGAGUUUCUGCCAUUAAACUCCCUUGUCGCUAUUCUCUCAGACAUGGAAGAGCAAGCGACAAAUCCCUUUGAGGAACAGGAGAAUGUGGAUGCCCGGUUUGUGGAGGAAACUGCACUAAAACAAACUCUGAUCGAGUUGGGUCUUGAGGACAAAUGAAUACAAGGGGAAGAAUGUAUGCUGGACAUGAAGUACCAAAGAGACAAACUGACUGAGAUAAAGUACAUCACACUAAAAUCCAGUGACUUAUAUUUUGGUGCGUUUAGCACACACACUGCACAGUCGUAACAUGCAGUUUCAUAUCCAUCACAUUUAUCUGGAAAGCAGAAGCAUUUACAUGGGUGGACGCACACGUGUGUUUGCGUGCAUGCACACACAUCACUGCUUGCUGACUUCACUGAAGGAAGUUAUGGAGAAACUGUGUAAUAGCUGCAUGAUCUUUCAGUGGAGAGAGAAAACUGUAAUGAUGUACGGUAACUGACAGAUAACCAGAUAUCAGUUAUCACUUAUAACUGAUUAAAGUCAGAAAGGAUUUCUGUAUCAGCUGUCAAAUGUUUACACUGCUCUGUGUGUGUGUGUGAGAUAUAUACACAUACAUAGAUUUUAUAUAUUUGUGUGUAUGCAUUUUUAUUAUUAUAUGGACACGAGUGUUUUACUGGCAAAUACACCACUCGUAUUUUUCAUAUGAGCUACAUCCAGGACAUGGAGAACCAAAACCGUGGCAUAAAUCUCUAUAUGUCACUCGCAAGGAAAUUGAUUAAAUGUUUUCGAAAAUUUGGGUACUUUUUGUUUGUGAAUGUGUUUAUAUAAUAAAAAGAAAAAUCACA